GACAAGUGCAAGAUGCAGACUUCUGAACUUUGCCUCUUGCUUUGUCUGCCUGCAGUGAUUGUCUCAGUCUCAUCCAAAGGUGCGGGAGAUAAAGAGAGAACAGCCAAACUUGUGAAGCCAGAUGGACUGAUAUUUGAAGGAGACCUGGUGAGUCUCCAUUGUAAGGUUGAUGGAGAUCCUGCUGGGUGGAUAUAUCAGCUGUACAAGAGUACAGACACAUACCUUUAUGAAGCACGCACAGAUUCCACCUUCACCAUCAGCCCUGUGACUCUUUCACACAAUGGGGAGUACAGAUGUCGAGCUGUAAAAGGAGAACUUUACUCGAAAAUGAGUGAGACUGUUCAGUUAGCAGUAUCAGAGCUCUUUAGUAAGCCCACCCUAACAGUCCUGCCCGGUAAUACAGUGUGGGAAGGGGACACCGUGACUGUGAGGUGUCAGUCAACAAGUGGAGUGCAAAGUCCUCAACUGACUUACAGAUUCUACAGUGGAGAGACAUCUGUGAGUCACCAAACUCGGAAUGAUUUCACAAUACAGACAGCUCGACAGAGCCAUACUGGGAGUUACUGGUGUGAGGUGGAGGCAGAAGGGAAGAGGAUUGACAAGAAAAAAAGUGACAUCACGCAGGUAACUGUGAAUGAAAUCCCAAAGGCAACACUGAACUUAAAAAAUAAGUGGAAACGUCUGUAUAUUGGAGACACAAUGACCCUGGAGUGCAGCAUUGAGGGUUACUAUACAGGCUGGAAAUAUCAAUGGUACAAAGGGAGCAACAUAUACCAGAGGUUUCUUAUUGAAGGAUUCACUGGACCGACUUAUACAGUUCAGUCUGUAACUCAGCCUGGCAUCAAAGGUUACUUCUGUUAUGCCACAAGAGAUGGUUCUCCUCGUUACUCAAAGCACAGCAAUGACAUUAAAGUGACUAUUUAUGAGAGGACAACCAAACUAGAAGUAAAGUCAAAAAAUACACAUGGAGAGGUAUAUGAAAGUGAACAGGUCAGCCUGCACUGUGGGGUUGAUGGAGAUCCUGUUGGUUGGAUAUAUGAGCUGUACAAGACUGGGGAUAGAAACCCUUAUAAAACACAAAUGGAGCACAUCUUCACCAUCAGCUCUGUGAAUAUAUCGCACAGUGGGGAGUAUUGGUGUCGCGCUGGAAAAGAAAAGCUUUACUCAAAAGCUAGUGAUCCUGUUCAGUUACAAGUAUCAGUGGACUACACGACAGAGAACAGCCUUCGACUUGGAGCAUCAGGUCUGGUGAUGAUUGUGCUGCUGAUCAUAAUAAGCGAGUCUUUUUGGACCAGAGUGAGUUCAGCCAGUGGAUCCAGUAGCUUGCUGUCUUUAGAAGGACGGCUUGUUUUAGCCGCACUAGUUGGAAAUCUGUAUGGAUGUGUCAGGCUUGCCAUUUUUAUAGGCUCCCCAGCAGUUGGCUUAGAAGCUGCUCGUUUUAAUGUUAAAAUGCCAGCUCAUAUUGUGGGUAGCUUGCUGUCUUUAGAAGGACGGCUUGUUUUAGCCGCACUAGUUGGAAAUCUGUAUGGAUGUGUCAGGCUUGCCAUUUUUAUAGGCUCCCCAGCAGUUGGCUUAGAAGCUGCUCGUUUAAUUGUUAAAAUGCCAGCUCAUAUUGUGGCAUCAAACCUUUUUGCACCAAAUGUGUGUUCAUUUCUUUUUGAAGACAAGUGCAAGAUGCAGACUUCUAAACUUUGCCUCUUGCUUUGGCUGCCUGCAGUGAUUGUCUCAGCCUCAUCCCAAGAUGCAGAAGAUACAGAAAACCCAAAGUCAACGCUGAAGUUAAAAAAUGAGUGGAACUCCCUGUAUAUUGGAGACACAAUGACCCUGGAGUGCAGCAUUGAGGGUUACUAUACAGGCUGGAAAUAUCAAUGGUACAAAAGGAGCAACAUAAACCAGCAGUUUCUUAUUGAAGGAUUCACUGGACCGACUUAUACAGUUCAGUCUGUAACUCAGCCAGACAGCAGCACUUACUGGUGUUCUGCCACAAGAGAUGGUUCUCCUCGUUACUCAAAGGACAGCAAUGACAUUAAAGUGACUAUUUAUGAAAACCCAAAGGCAACACUGAAGUUAAAAAAUGACUGGAACUCCCUGUAUGUUGGAGACACAAUGACCCUGGUGUGCAGCAUUGAAGGUUACUACACAGGCUGGAAAUAUCAAUGGUACAAAGGGAGCAACAUAUACCAACGGUUUCUUAUUGAAGGAUUCACUGGACCGACUUAUACAGUUCAGUCUGUAACUGAGCCAGACAGCAACACUUACUGGUGUUCUGCCACAAGAGAUGGUUUUCCUCGUUACUCAAAGGACAGCAAUGACAUUAAAGUGACUAUUUAUGAGAGGACAACCAAACUAGAAGUAAAGUCAAAAAAUAUAAAUGGAGAGGUAUAUGAAAGUGAACAGGUCAGUCUGCACUGUGGGGUUGAUGGAGAUCAUGAUGGUUGGACAUAUGAGCUGUACAAGACUGGGGAUAGAAACCCUUAUACAACACAAAUGGAGAACAUCUUCACCAUCAGCUCUGUGAAUAUCACGCACAGUGGAGAGUAUUGGUGUCGUGCUGGAAAAGAAAAGCUUUAUUCAAAAGCUAGUGAUCCUGUUCAGUUACAAGUAUCAGCUCUGAAUGUCACUUUGUCAGCAUCUCCUAGAAGAUAUGUGAAGGUUAAGGACUUCCUAAACCUGAACUGCACAUGGGGAGGGAACCAAAGCUCUGUAUCAACUUUAAAGUUCAGCUUCCUAAGAAAUAAUGUGACUGUGAAGAACAGCAGUGACUCUACAUUGUUUAGCAUCAAGCAGUUUAAUGCAAGCCAGACUGGGAAAUACAAGUGUGCUGUAGAAACACCAGGAGGAGGGAAAGCUUACAGCAAUGAAAUAGAGAUUGUAAUGAAAGAGUCUCCUCUUGCCAUUAUUUUAGCUAGUGUUGGAUUUGGUCUGUUUAUUCUAGUAGUUCUGCUGCUCUUUGUAUACCACAGGACUCGAGGUUUCCCAAGCUUUGGUGGUAUAAAGUGCAGGAGAGAAGAAAAGGGAAAGGAUGCGAUUACCUCUAGUGGAGGAGCUAUGCAAAUUGAUCCACUCAGUAAGGAAGGUGAUUCUGCUGCAGCGUCCAAUGAUGUUGUUUAUUCAGAACUUGUACAAGAAAAAAUAAUGAAAAAGCGAGGAAAAAUAUCAGCAGAGACCACAAAUGUCACAUACUCUGAUGUCAAAUUGAAGAAUGCCACAGGUGCACCCUUUUCAACUGCCUCAGAUCAUCUUUAUGCUUCUGUUCUCCCACGAAAAGGCAAGAAGUAACAUAUUGUGGAUUCUGGUGUCACAUCUGCAAAGCUGCAGCCACCUCAAGGUCUUCAUAUGACACAUUUUUGCUUAUCUGCUUUUCCUGAUAUUCCAAGUUGGUCUGUUCUAAUUUACAAUAUGUGGAGGUAUGACUGUGUGGUCUUUCUAUCACAGUGAACACAACUAUACAAUAUGGAAAGAAAGAAUGCAAGGAACACUCGAUAAGAACAGAUCCAUCUAAAGCAAUGCAAGCGAUCGUGGCUUUUUCACUUGGCCGUCAUCUAAACAAAAUCAAGCUGGUCAUUAGAGUGCUGCUUUCAUGCCAGCUUCUUUUAUUGCUGAUCAAGAACACUAUUAGUUGAAUGACUAAUAUAUGAACAUACAGAGUGAGCCAAAGAGAAGUACCACAUUUCAAAUAUUUAUUCUACAAUAAUGCUACAA